AUGCGUUUGUUCAUGGUAAUUGCAAUUUUAAUAUUCGCAAUGCCAAUGACUGGAUUCGGCUGGGCCGAGGGCACAAACAUCCUACUCGAUCCAAAUCUAAUGUGCAAAAAGACACGUCGCCUGCGUGGAAAGCUGGCCGAAAUCUGCCGUCACGAUUCGGCCCUGCUCAAAGAGAUCAUCAAUGGCAUUAAUCUGGGCUUCCGCGAGUGCGAAUUUCAAUUUCGCAAUCGCCGCUGGAACUGCACGGUCCUGCGCAAGAGCAUGAGGAAAAUUUUAAUGCGCGAUUCCCGCGAAACAGGCUUCGUGAAUGCCAUUACAGCCGCUGGUGUCACCUAUGCCGUGACCAAGGCCUGCACCAUGGGCCAGCUGGUGGAAUGCUCCUGUGACAAGUCCCACAUGCGACGGAAUGGCGGACAGCCGCAAAUGGUAAAUGCCGCCACCGCCGAAGCGGCCCUGGAGCGGCAGCAGCGGCAACAGUUUUCCCUCGAAGAACAGCAAUAUCAACGGCGCCAGCGGUACCUCAACAACGGCAGCAGCCUGACGGAUGUGUCACCUCUGGAGCGUCUGGGCAGGAAUCGCAAGCCCGGAGCUGGCGGCAAGCGAGGGCGUCGCAAGUUCUGGGACAACAUCAAGUUCCCCCAGGGGGAAUGGGAGUGGGGCGGCUGCAGUGACAAUGUGAAUUUCGGUCUUCGCCAUUCGAGGGUGUUCCUCGAUGCCAAGCAGCGUCAGAGGCGCAGCGAUCUGGGCACGUUAGUGAAGCUGCACAACAAUAAUGCGGGGAGAUUGGCCAUUCGCGAUGCCAUGCGAUUGGAAUGCAAAUGUCAUGGUUUAUCCGGAUCCUGCACCGUGAAAACAUGCUGGCUGAAGAUGCCCCCGUUCCGGGAGGUGGCCGCACGCCUGCGCGAGAGAUACGACAGUGCGCGCAAAGUGGCGCUGAGGAACGACGGCAACAGCCUGAUGCCCGAGAUGCCGCACACAAGGCAGGCGAACAAGUACCAACUGGUGUUUGCGGACGAUUCACCCGAUUUCUGUGCACCCAAUCCCAAGACGGGGGCCCUGGGCACACAGGAUCGGGAGUGCAAUGCCACCAGCUAUGGGUACGACAGCUGCGAUCACCUGUGCUGCAGUCGGGGGCACAAGCAUCGAGUGGUGGCCGAGUACACGAACUGCAAGUGCGUCUUCAAGUGGUGCUGCGAGGUGACCUGCGAAAAGUGCCUCGAGCAUCGGGAGGUCAACACUUGCCUCUGAAUCGGGCUGAAGCGAGCACUACGAUUAUCACCAUUAUUAUUUGUAUUUUGUAUUAUUUCCUUUUGGUUUAGUCAUGAACAGAAUAUUGAAAGCUUUCCAUUUCGCGUGAUAGAAAACACAUACAGAGCAAACGUUUGGCUAUAGUCCAUUCUUAAGUAUUAAAUAACAGUAACAGGAGUAUCUCUAAUCUUUUAGAUAGUUGUACAUAUACUACGAUCACCUAUAAUCAUGCCCAAGCAUCAUAUCAGUCAUAUGGCAUCCAUGUAAGCUUUGUAAAUAGUUUUAAU